AUGGUCAACGUUCCCAAGACUCGCCGCACCUACUGCAAGGGCAAGACCUGCAAGAAGCACACACAGCACAAGGUCACCCAAUACAAGGCUGGCAAGGCCUCCCUCUUCGCUCAGGGUAAGCGCCGAUACGACCGCAAGCAGUCCGGUUAUGGUGGUCAGACGAAGCCUGUCUUCCACAAGAAGGCCAAGACAACCAAGAAGGUCGUGUUGAGAUUGGAGUGCACACAAUGCAAGACCAAGGCGCAACUGUCGCUCAAGCGAUGCAAGCAUUUCGAGCUGGGUGGUGACAAGAAGACGAAGGGUGCUGCUCUGGUGUUCUAA